UCUUAAUGGGCAAGAAUGGUAGCCUUAGAUUUCUUGUAGACUACGGAGGGGACUUUCCAAUUCCAGGAAACUCCUCCCUGAUAGUCCAGGAGCUGCUCCGAGUUGUUCGUUUUCUUCUGAAGAUCCUCCGCUACAUGUCGGAUGAAUGAUAAUGAUGAAGAGUACUUGUGUCUCUCAAUUUGUGGUCAUACUAGCCAUUGUAGGGAUCGUGAAAUUGGUUGAGCCCCCUUACAACGUGACCAUCCUCUGUCACAAUGGCACAAACAUUGCCUACUGGAACCACACGGGAGCAGAUUCGUUCUUAGUAACAAUCGAAAAUUACAACUAUGGCGAGACACUUUUUCAGGACCACAUAUCACGUCGUCAUAUUGACAUGUCUUCUGUAACGCCGCCUAAAGAUGACACAUACAUCCUCUCCUUGAAGGCUAAGGAUGGGUCCAACAUUUCAGAUGAAGUUCAAGUAUCUUUCACAUAUGGCAGUGAGCUUAUCUCUGAUGUAAAAUGUUUCAUGGACUUCCCACGUGCUGUAAACGUGACUGUUAGGACCGAUCAGAUCAUGUUCUCUUUUGACAAUCCCCUUAUAUUGAUUGAUUAUUAUAUUGAUCAUGACAAUGACACUGACGACGACUAUUACCCUGAAAACUCGGACCCUGACCCUGACCCUGAUCCCAAGUUUCACUACAAGGUGUACACCACUCAUGAUGAGAAACAGCUGGAGUUUGAGUGCCCCCCGGAGGCCCCUGUGUGUCAUGGCGAGUUGCAGUUCAUCAACUGCACCACUCUGGAGAUAGAGGGAAAUAUUGACCACAUUCGCCAUAAAUACUCCAAGGACAUAUGCAACAUCGUUCCUGAAAAGGGUUCGUGGCCCAUCUACCUUUCUUUGGUCAUCGGUAUCAUAGCCGUGGUGUUGCUGGUGUUUAUUUUCCUCUGCACACGGAAGUUGGCUAUCAAGACUUUCUUAUCGAGCCAUUUGCCCGAGUCUUUAAAACCCAGGGAAGGAGGUACCUCAGGCGUUCUGCAGCCGGAGAAUAUUGGGACUGGGAACACUCCUCUGCUUCAGUCACCGAAGGAUUCUCCCCCAGAAACCCCGGCGAUCAUCCUGACACCUGAUGAUCCGGCACCUGACAGCUGCCCUGAGCAGACGCACUUCCCCAUCCCGGCUCGUGCCCCGUCCAGUGACGAUCAGCCCGGACACGGUUAUGAGGCCCGUCUCAAGGACAACCUUGAGCCUGAUCCACAACCGGAGCGUGAGCACUAUGAAGGCAGCGAUGAUGACGGCUACAUGCAGAGAGAGAGAAUCACGGACACCUCAGAGAGCAUUCACAGCUCUGUCAUCGACAUCGAGAUCGCCCCGGAAGACCGGGUUAGUGGUUAUGGGACUCGCUAGCUCCAGAGUGGGGCCUUGGUGACUGCCUCCUCGUGACGAGGUGUCAACCACACUGUGGUUUCUUCGCAGGGCUGCCUUCAUUCUCAAGCUUUCAAGCCAAGCCGACUGUAAUCCAUCGGCUCUCUAGUUGAGUUUGUUACCCUCUGAAUCACCCCCGUGAUUGUGGACCGCACUUGGACUGAGGAGAUGGACGGUCAGAUGACCCUGGCCUGGAGUGUUGUUCAAUCCCAUGUUACGUGAUUUAGUGCUGUUCUACUUGCCAUCUUGCCAUCAUAAUGGAAACAUGGUGAAAGUAUUCAAUGAUUUGCACUUGUGUGAGUGUAGUGUGUGUGUGUGUGUGUGUGUGUGUGUGUGUGUGUGUGUGUGUGAGAGAGAGAGAGAACAGCCGGCCCUGUUGUUUCUGAAUUUUACUGAAUCCCUUCAAAGGGUUUCUUUUCUUUCAAAAAUAGUUAUGAUCAUCAAAUGGUUAUGAUCAUUUUAUCUCCGUUGUUACAUUUUUUUAAAAUUAUGUUUUCAUUUUAUGUUGCACUUCUCAUUAUGCUCAUUUGUGUUUUCGUCUGUUUUAUUUGUAUAUCAUGAUUUGUAUAAAGAGCCUUCAUCGCGACUAUGGAUGGUCCUCAAAAUAGGGGACACCCAUCAUUUACAGUAAAUCUCUCUGAUUAUAAGAGUUGCUCCUCCUGUUUUAUGCCAUGGAAUUGACAGGGCUGGUUUAGGACAAAAAUAAAAUAAAAAAUAGGCCUGGCCCAGUGGCCCACCACUA